AUGACUCGUUUAUUGAAUGGCCAAGAAGCGACAGCUUGGGUUGCUUGUUUAUUAAGCGAUCGCGUUCAUGUAUACAACCGAUCAGCUCUUGAUCAGAACCAACUGAAUAUUUGGAAUCAGCAUGUCAAGAUCUCACACCAUGAUCCUGGUCGCGAUCCUCUAUCCCAUGUAGCUGAAGCCACUUUUCUUUUAUCUUCGGAUGCUUUAUUGCCUGCUUUGCCUUACUUGUAUCAAUUAGUCGCUGAUAAAUCAAGCUCUGUAUUACAUGUCAGUGCUGAUUGUCAUGCAACUAUGUCUACUUUUGGUGAUUUCACUGAGGUGAUGGCUGUUCGACAGACAGGCAUGGUUUUUUUAAAUGCCUCAAGUGUACAAGAAGCCUAUGAUUUUAGCAUAUUUGCUAAAUGGAUUUCUAUUCUGGCUUCCAUACCAGUAUUGCACUUUUUUGAUAGUAAACGAAUUUCGCAUGAAUCUCGCUCCAUUGACACAGUAAGCAAGAAAACAUUACUUGAUUGGUUUCCUUCUGAAAAACAUGAACAAGAGCCCAAUUCAAACAUACUAGAUGUUUAUAAGCAAGUGACAGAUCAAUUUGCUCUAGUGACUAAACGUUCUUAUGCUCCCUUGGAAUAUGUGGGACAUCCUGAUGCUGAGUUUGUGAUUAUUUCUAUGGGUGCUGGUGCCUGUGUUGUUGAACAUACCUUGGUUGCUCUUGACAAGGAUCUCAAGUUAGGUGCCCUCAAGGUUCGCUUGUAUCGGCCAUGGUCUCAUCAAGCACUUUUAGACGCUUUACCUUCCACUGUUAAGCGCAUUGCUGUUCUUGAGCCUACAGAUCAUCUCGCCUGUGCAUGGAACCCACUUUUUUUGGACGUCGCUGCUGCUUAUCAAUCUAUAGGCGAUGACAAUGUGGAUAUUUUGAGCGGCCAGUAUGGUGUUGAAGAAACAGAUUUUUCCCCUAAGCAAGUCUCAGCUGUCUACCAUGGUUUGGCGUCUGGCCAAUUGGAUCGCUAUUUCAAGGUGUCUUGUUUGUCUCCUGGUACUCUCCAGAUGCCACCUUCUACUGUCGAGCAGUUUAUCUUUAUAGACGGCAUUGAUCUUGCUUAUGCUUUUGUUUCUUGUCAACCAAAAGAGACAUAUGUGCAACUUUAUACCCUCAAUAAAACUACGUUUGUUCGUCUGGGAAGAUCUGAAUCUGAUGUUCUGUUGCCUACUUUGAUUGAUUCAGCUGACGUUGUUGUUCUUUGUUCUACAAAAGAUGAAUCGGCUUCUAUCAGAGCUUUGGAUUCUUUAGUAUCUGGUGGCCUUGUUGCGAUUCAAAGUGAUGCCUCUCUUUUAUCUUCCGGAGUAAAAAAGAUAGCUCAUAACAAGCAAGCAAAUAUCGCUUCUUUCGAAGAUUUACAUGUUCUUUUGGAAAACAAUAGCUUAUCACAUUUGUCAUGUCUUUCAAGUAUUGUCCGCGUACCUGAUAAUUGGUCUACUGAAGCGGUUUCUCUCGCGAGUGAUGCUAUUGAAUCAAGUCCUGAGCCUAUGUCUCUUGACUUACCUUUAGAGACACCUUAUCUCAACAUGCUGGAACAAACGUUUGGCUCUCGUCUUGACAUCGCUAAUGCCAUUCAUCAGCCUUCGGUUUGGUCCCCUAGUCAAUCUCAUCCUCAAGCAGCCAAUCCUGAAUUCGGUUAUGGUCGUCUAGUACAUCGUAUUCAGGAACGCACUCGCUUUGUGGAUACUGUUAUGCAAGUCAUUCGUAAUGGAAAUUUGCCUUUGGAUGCUGUCCGUGUUCUCUCAAGGUGGCUUCUUCUUGUGAACUCGCCUACAUCAGAGCAGCACAAGAUUAGGGAAGUUUCUGACCUGGUUGUUCGCGUCUUGUCUUCCAUUGUCGAUGUGUACCCAAUGAUAAACACAUUGUUGAACAAGAAACAUCUCUUGUAUGCUCAGUCGCAUUGGCUCAUUGGUUCAGACACUUGGGCUUAUGACUUGGGUCAGUCUGGUCUUCAUCAUGCUAUUACUUCAGGCGAAAACAUCAAUAUCUUGGUGGUAGACACGACGCCUUAUAGCAGCUCAAGAACUCAAGAACAGUGCAAGAAAGAUAUUGGCCUUUACGCAAUGAAUGACGGGUCUGUCUAUGUAGCCUCUGUUGCUCUUUAUGCUUCGUAUACGGGCGUCUUGCAAGCUUUGAUGGAAGCAGAUGCUUACAAAGGAGUCUCUGUUGUGUUGGCUUACUUACCUCAGGUUUCUGGUACGUUUGAUGCUCUGGCUAGUCUUAAAGAAACAAAGAUAUCUGUGGACAAUGGUAGCUGGCCCUUAUAUCGCUGGAACCCAGCCUCAGAAAACAAUGAGUUCACUCUAGAUUCUCAACGAAUCAAAAAGGGUUUGGAAGCAUUUUUGGCACGAGAAAAUUAUCUGUCCCAAUUGGCCUUGAGUCACCCUGACCUAUCUAACAUUCUUGUCAGCUCUUUAGAAACAGAUAUCAAAAAACGUCAUACAGAAUUAAAAAGUAAGGCACGCGCUGAUUAUGCUCGUCUAUUGUCUGGAUUGAGUGCUACUCAUGGUCCUCCCUUGACUGUUCUAUUUGGAUCUGAUAACGGUAAUGCUGAGGCUGUUGCCAAAAAGAUAGCGAUGCGUGCUAAACUAAGAGGUGCUCAAGUCAAACUGAUGGCCAUGGACGACUAUAGUGAUAUCCAAGCAUUAUCCAAUGAGACCUAUCUUGUUCUUGUCUGUUCUACUGCUGGUCAAGGUGAAUUUCCCUCCAAUGCGCGUGAUUUUUGGAAGGCAUUGAAUGGCUUGGUUUUUGGCGACGUUGAUUUCUCAGAGCUUAAGUUUGGUGUGCUUGGUCUUGGAGAUAGUCAUUAUUGGCCUCGUGAAGAAGACGCUGCAUUUUAUAACAAACCUGCAAAGACUUUGGAUGCUAAACUCGAAACAUUAGGGGCAAGUCAACUUUUGACAGUUGGUUUGGCAGACGAUCAAGAUCCUGAUGGAUAUGAAACUGUCUUCAAUGCAUGGCAAUCCGAGCUGUGGAAAGCACUAGGCGUCAAUGAAUCAGGUUCAGAUGAAGAACCUGUCUAUACAGACAAUCAAAUGAAGAUUGAUUCCAACUUUUUGCGUGGUAAUAUUGCUGAAGACUUGGUAGAUGAUUCUACUGGCAACGUGCCUGAAACCACGCAAAAACUACUCAAAUUCCAUGGUACUUAUCUUCAAGAUGACCGUGAUUUACGAGAAGAGCGCAAGCAUCAAGGCCUUGAGAAAGCGUUUAGUUUUUUGGUACGUGUUCGUACGCCAGGUGGUGUGGCCACGCCUAAGCAAUGGCUUGCUAUUGAUGCUCUUUCUGAGAAGUUUGGUAUUGGGCAGCUGAAACUAACAACACGUCAAACAUUUCAAAUUCAUGGUGUUCUCAAGAGAAACUUGCGUAGUACAAUCCGUGGCAUCAACAAAACGUUGCUUUCUACCCUUGCUGCUUGUGGUGAUGUCAGUAGAAAUAUAAUGAGUACUAGUCUCACUGAAAUACCCGAGGUGCAUGCACAAGUACAGACCACUGUUUAUGAAUUGGUUGAUUUAUUGUCUCCCAAGACAAGCGCCUAUCAUGAAAUUUGGCUCAACAACAGUAUGGUGGCUGGCCAUGCUGUCCAAGAUUUUGAACCUCUUUAUGGUCCUUCUUAUUUACCUAGAAAGUUUAAGGUGGUGAUUGCUGUGCCUCCUAAUAACGAUGUGGAUGUCUAUGCUCAUGACCUUGGUUAUAUUGCGAUUGUGGAUGCUGCAAGCAAGCAAGUAGUCGGAUAUAACGUCUUAAUUGGUGGCGGUAUGGGUCAAACACAUGGCAAUAAAAAGACUUAUCCUCGUCAGGGUACGAUGAUUGGUUAUAUAGCUGCCAAGGAUAUUCUCAAAAUAACUGAGGCUGUUGUCAGUACUCAACGUGACUUUGGUGAUCGUCUUAAUCGCAAACAUGCUCGCUUCAAAUACACCAUUGAUGACCGUGGUUUAGACUUUAUUAUAAACGAAAUUGAACAACGUAGUGAUGUCAAAUUACAAGAAGCCAUGCCAUUUCAAUUCAAGGACAAUGUAGACCCUUAUGGCUGGACUAAAGGCGUUGACGAUACUUGGAACUUUUGUAUGUUUAUCGAAAACGGUCGUCUCAAGGAUACGCCAGAUACUCAAUUAAAAAAAGGUCUACGUGAGCUAGCUAAGUUCCAUCGAGGUGAAUUCCGUUUGACGGCCAAUCAACAUCUGGUUAUUGCCAAUAUACCUGAAUCAAAUCUUGAGAAAACAAAGGCUCAUUUGGCAAAAUACAAGAUGGAUAAUCUCUCUUUCAGUGGAAUUCGUAAGACCUCCAUGGCAUGUGUCGCUCUUCCAACGUGUGGUUUGGCGAUGGCUGAGUCCGAAAGGUAUCUUCCUCAACUGGUGACUCGAUUCGAAGAUAUCAUGGAAGAAGCUGGCCUUGGCGAUGAGUCGAUUGUGGUUCGUAUGACAGGUUGCCCUAACGGUUGUUCUCGACCUUAUUUAGCUGAAUUAGCUUUGGUGGGUAAAUCGUCUGGGACUUACAAUCUUUACCUGGGUGGUAGUAUUACGGGUGAGCGCUUGAAUAAGCUAUACCUUGAAAACUUGAAUGAACAAGAAAUUUUGGAUGCAGUAAAACCUAUAAUCAAGAAAUAUGCUGUAGAAAGAGACGAUGGUGAAUCCUUUGGUGAGUGGGUUAUUCGAGCUGGAUAUGUUAGAAAGACCAUAACUGGGCUAGAUUUUCAUGAUUAA